AUCAUCUUGCCGCCAAAACGAUAAUUUUCAGUUUCAUGAUAAAUGUUUUUUUUUUAUUUUCCAACAGAACUCACAUAGUUACAUACUAUUUAUUUAUCGUACAAAUUUUUUGUUCUCACAGUAUUCGAUUUUAUUCCGGAGUUCAGGAUGUCAACUGAAAACAUCCAAUAUUCGACGAAAUACGAAGAUGACAUUUAUAUUUACAGGUAAUUGAUUUCACAAUUUAAUGCCGAUCAUUGUGAGCCAUCAAUAUUUUUUUUGCAUAUUAUAGACAUGUAAUAUUACCAGACGACAUGUCCAAACUCAUACCAAAAACUCAUUUAAUGACAGAAACAGAAUGGCGUAAUCUUGGAAUACAAAUGACAUCUGGCUGGGUGCAUUACAUGCGAUACGAUCCGGGUAAGCAUCAUAACAAUAUGUGAUUUUAUUAUUUUAUAUUGCAUACUUGACAAAUUAGUGAUUGUAAGACAAUUAUUGUUCAGUACAUUCGUUGUGUAAACAAGUAGCUAUCAAAUUUGUAUUGAUGGAAGGGCAACAAUUUUUACGCCCUUGUAACAUUUUCCAUAAUUUUUUUCCGAUGAAAAGCUUGUGAGUGCUUCUCCCUCAUCCCCCCUCCCUUAAGGUGACAUCCCAUGCUAAGAAUCUUACUAAUUUAAAAUUUAACUUUGGUUGGUUAAAAAUAAAUUGUUUUUGUAUCAAGUAUACUUACCUACAAUAUAAUAAAAAAAAAUACCUACAUCUUCACUAACAUAAUACAUUUUUCAUACUAUGAAAAAUAAUUCUAUUUAGCUGAUUUAAUUUUCAACUUUUAAGUUAUUAAGAGAAAUUAUUUCAUAAAUUAAGAAAUAAAUGAUUUCUAUAUUAAAUAUAAAAACAAUGGGAAAUUUAUUUUUAAAAGUACAAAUACAAGUAAAAAAAUAAUCAGCAUUGUAAAACUAAUAGCUCCCUCGUUACGUUCGAAAUCUAAAAUAACAAUAUUAUAAUUAGGUAUUUAAAUAUUGAACAGUUCAAUAUAAAAUGAUUUUUCAGAUAACAUUUUCUAUGAAUAUAAAAAUGAAAAUAUAAUCAUAAUAAUAAUAAUUAGCCAAUAGUAAUCAAAAUAAAAUGGAUUCAUUUAAAUGUAUAUAAGCCCUAGCAUGUUUUUGACACUUGGUAAAAAUAAUAAUGUUUUUAAUUUGGGAAGGCUCUGGGCUGGGCUAGGUUAAAUUUAAGGAAGCCAGGCCCCUCCUUUAGUUACAUGUCUGUUGUGUAUCACUUUUCAUACACAUUAUCCUGGUGAUGAUUAAAAUUACGGUUUUUUUUUUUUUUUAUAUCGUAGGCCUAAAAAUAUAUAAUUUGAGACUCAAAUUUUACACACAUGUAAAGUAAGAUAUAAUAGACAAUGCUUACAAAAAUAAAAGACUUUAAACCUAUAUUUAUCCAUAUUAAAACAAAUUUAUAAAUUAUUCCGCGAUAUGCUAAUGAACACAAUGAUGCCUUCAGAUGUAAAUACGCAGAGAACAUAUUAAUAAUAUUUUUCUUAUCAUAAAAAUACAAUGUACUUUUAAUAAUAUCAUUUGGUAUGUCUAGACAAAAUUUUUCUAAAUUUACCAAAAAUUAUUGCCGUAAUAAUCAAUGUAAUUUGACAUAACAUUCAAUGUUAAAUGAUUAACUUGGGAUAGCUCGCACCGUUAGACAAUAUCUAACAUAUAACUUAUUUUAAGAAUAAGUAUUAUUGAUUGAACAAUAAUUAUUCACCAAUACUUUAUCUACAUGAUUAUGAAACUUAUAAUACUAUUAUUAUUGAUACGAUUAAAUUAUAUAAAACUUAUUUUGGAAUUUAUAUUUUGAUGAAAUUAUGUACAAUAAUAUAUUGUUAGAAAAAAUGUAACAUGCUAGCAAUCAUGUAAAAUAAAUUAUGCAAGUGAUACUGAGUUAAACUCUGUUUGGCAAUAAUAAUAAUAUUAGUAGUGUAAUAAAAAAUAAUUACUUUUAGUACAAUACUUUAUAAUUUUGUUUCAGAACCUCACAUAAUACCAUUCAGGAAAUCUAAACCAGAAUUCAAAGUUUAACUUCACAAAGUUUAUACUUUUAGUAGUUAAUGACUGUUUAAUUUUGCAAUAUUUUUACGUUUCUAAAUAUUUACAAUUAUACAUUUUAAUGUAUAGAAAUAAUUUGGAUUAUUAUAUGU